UUUGGGGUAAACUACUAAAUUCCGAAUUCCGGUACCGUAUAGUCUAUAGUACGUUUAACGCUCGCGGACAUGAUUCCAGUUGGUGAGCUGAGCUGAGCAAGCUAAAACUGCUGGUGUUCUGCAGAAAGAUUUGUUCACCUGAUUCAACUGUAACUUUCAUCAAAUCUCUGAUCAGAAGGCACCGGUUCUGAAUCGAAUAAUGGCAGGGGAACUUGGAUUGAAUGAUCACCAUCACACUACUGUUGUGAACUACAUGCGCUUUGGUAGCUACAAACGGACUCAGAACCUGCGCAGUGUGGAGGUCUGCUUUCAAGAUUUGAAAGAUAGCAGGCUUACUGAUGACACCUUCACGGUGGAUGAGGUGACCGACAUGCUGGAUGGAUUAGAGGCGGUGGUACGCGGUGAAGUGGAAUCGGAGCUUAUCAACACCUCUCACACCAACGUCUUGCUCCUGAGGCAACUCUUCCAGCAGGCAGAAAAAUGGCAUCUCAAGCUUCAGGCAGACAUCUCAGAGCUAGAGAACAGGGAGCUCAUAGAGAUGAUUGCCAAGUUUGAGGAGAGUAACUUUUCUGGAUCUGCGGCGACCUCAAAGCCGACCUUUGAACUCAAGAGGCUGGAUCCUAUGGAAGCAGGGGGCGUUCAGCUCCUUCAAAAUGAAAUUGAGAGGCUGAAUGAAGAAAAUAACAAGCUGAAAGACAGACUGAAACAAGUGGAGUCACAGGCCACAGGAGCUCUACAGGACAGAAGUAAACUAGAAUCAGAUUUGAGACGAACUCAGGAUGAGCUGGGGAGUGAACGCAAUAAGCAACCUAUAGUCUCUGCUGACUUGGGUGACGUGGAGGGCAAAAUGAGUGCUCUUAAAUCUCAAAUGGAGCAGAAUAUGAAGCUGACCACCGAAAGAGCAGAUACAAUGGAAGGAGACCUUAUUUCUUCCAAGCACAGAUUAUUGGAGGUUCAAGAACAGCUGGAAAUGAAAGAAAAGGAGUUGGAGAAGAAGUUCAGCCAGACUGGAGCAUACAAAAAUCUCAAGUCUAUGCUGUCUAAGAAGAACGACCAGAUCAAGGACCUUCGUGGAAGGUUGAAGAAAUUUGAAGGAGAUGAUUAGAACUCAUACCGAGCUGAUAUUUUUACACCAAAUCUACUACUGGGAGGGACAUGGUUUCAGGGCAUUGGUUUUGUCUGGAGAUACACUGAGGGCUAGAGUUUAUUUUGUGACUCCCUAAAUUUGCAGUCAUUAUUUGUUUUAUAUACUGCAGCCUCCAUGCAAAAGUUUGAUGAAAAUAUUAGGAGUAAUCUGACCAUCAAAAUGUAUUAUGUACAAAAAUAUAGUUACAGGUCAAACAGUUUGCCUGUGCGCAUGCCUUAUUGUUCAUAUUCAACUUUAUGCCUAUUUAAAGUAUUCUUGGUUUUGUUGUACAUGCUGUAAAGGCCAUUGCCAAAAAUCUUCUGUCUGCAGUUUCCAGCAAUCAGAGUUGCAGUAUAUAAUAGCAAUUGUUUAUUUUGUCUGUUUAGGGUAUGAUGUAUUGGGUCCAUGUUUUCAUUGUUAUUGUGUG